AUGAAGUUCUUUAUCUCCAAGUCCUCCUCUACUUCAAGUAAUCCACUUAUGCUGAAAAUCACUUCCGAUUAUCUUUGUCACUACAAGGAAACUAUGCAGAAUAUGAAAGAACGAACAAUGAAUGCUUCUGAUAUACAUCUCAAAACAAGUGAAACUAUAUAUCAAAUCACCGUGGAAGUAGCAAGCAGAGCUAUUCACAUAUUGGAGAAGGUUAUGCGGAGAGGAGGUUGCGAGUAUAAAAUGCUCUCCAACUCACCCCAUCCAAUCAAUAUGAAAUUCUUCUCUUCCAAGAUCCCGACUUCACUUCUCUCGUGCUCUUCCACCAAGCAUAUCACUCCCGAAGAUAUUCGUCAUUACAAAGAGAUCAUGCAGAAUAUGAAGGGACAGAAGAUGAAUGCUUCCGCUAUGCACCUUAUUACCAAUGAAACGAUCUAUCAUGUCACCGUGGAAGUAGCGACAAGGGCAAUUCACACCCUUAAGAAAGUUAUCGGAAGAGGCGUCUGCGAGUAUAAGAUGGGAAGCAAAACCGACCGUCUUAUUGCAUCAUACAACCAAAUUCAGGAAGAAUACAAGGAGAUGCUUGUCAAGAUGGAGAUUAAGAUGAAACCAUCGAAAGCUGAAUAUGUUAUUGAGUGUUGGCUGAAGAAGGACGCCGCUGAGAAAGCUGCCCAGGAGCACAAAGAUCGCAGACGCAUGAGAAAAGAAUCCAGAAAAGCAGCAGUCGAGAAGUCAUUAGUCAACUAUUCGGAUGGAGAUUCAAGAUCUGAAACUGAAUCUGAUGACUCAAAAUCGAUGCCAGAACUAGAAACUACCGAGUACAUCCCAGGAUGCAGAGUCCUUACAGAGAUUAUUGUUUGA